CAGCAGGGGACAGAGCAGGGGACAAAGCAUGGAGCAGGGCCUCGCCCUCCUGCUUCCCCUCUUUCUGGGGCUGCUCCAGCCUGGCCACGCAGGUGGGCGGCUGGAGGUGGAGCCCCCGGAGCCCGAGGUGGCUGUGGCUGUGGGCGAGUCGCGGCAGUUCGCCUGUCGCCUGGCCUGCGCAGACGGCCAGGUGGCCUCGGUGCAGUGGCGGGGCCUGGACACCAGCCUGGGCUCCGUAAAGUCAGGCACGGGCAGCAGCGUCCUCUGGGUGCACAACGCCUCGCUGUCGGCUGCGGGGACCCGCAUGUGCGUGGGCUACUGCGGGAAACGCUCUUUCCAUCACACAGUGAAUCUCCUGGUGUUCGCCUUCCCUGACCAGCUGACUGUGUCACCAGAGUCCCUGGUGCCUGGGCGGGACCGAGAGGUAGCCUGCACAGCCCACAAUGUCAGCCCUGCUCGCCCUGAUGUCUUCUCCAUGUCCCUGCUCCUGGGGGAUCAGGAACUUGAGGGGGUGCAGACCCUGGACAGGGAUGUGAUGGAGGAGCCCCAGGAGGAUGAGGACCCACUGUUCCAAGUGACAGAACGCUGGUUGCUGCCUCCCUUGGGAAUCCCUGCCCCACCCACCCUCCACUGCCAGGUGACCAUGAGCCUGCCGGGCUUGAAUCGGAGCCACCGCCAGUCCAUUCCAGUCCUGCAGGGCCUGACCUCCCCGGAGCCCUGUGUCACAACCUCCUUGGAGUCCCCCAUCACAACCUCCCCUGAGACCCCAGAACAGACCUCCACCCACAGCCCCAGAAGUCCCGACCCCGAGCCAGGGAACAGCUCCACCAGGCCCUGCCACCCAGAAAUCCACCAGGUGUCAGCACUGGGAACUCUGGAGUUGCUGUGUGAGGCGGCCUGCGGCCCAGGUGUGGCCGUGCACUGGACCCAGGCUCCCGGUGGGCUGGCAGCCUACAAGACAAGGGAGGCCGGGGCCCAGGCUUGGCUUACCAGCGGGAGCACGCUGUGGACUGAGUGCCACCCUGAGGGCUGGUUCCAGUGUCGCCUGGACCCAGGGGGCCAGAUGGCCAACCUGUACCUGGUCCCAGAAAUCUGCUCCCUGCCAGCAUCUGCAGCCCUAUGGACGGGUAGCUUGGUGCUGGGGCUGCUUCUCCUGGUGUUCCUCAUCUACCGCCUGUGGAAACGCUGCCGGCCCACCAGCUGAUGACCAGGCCUACGCUCCUCUGGGCCUCCGGCGCCACCUGGACCACAAAGAGGAGGACUCUUUCCACUCAGUUGCAACGAGAGGACAUUGACAGGGUUAUGGACAGCAGAGGGGCUGACCAUGCACCCUUUACCUUGAUGGCAGCACAUCCAGGCUUCCCAGCUGGCUGGGCUUCCCCUCAGUGAGGCCCCUGGGGAGCCACCCCAACAGUGCAGAGCUGGAGAAUAAAGAGCAUCUGGCCUAA